UAGCGCGAGUUAUAAUUUUACCUCGUUCUGCAUCUGCCCCUCCUCUGGAAGCCCAGAUAAGUACUACUACUGUGGGCACGAAAUUUCCACGACAAAUCCGGACUGUAUGACACACGCGAUCUACGAGUGCAUCAACGGCCCUAACAAGGUCGCCAGAGUGAACCAAUAUUGUAAAAAUUCGCGAUGUGGCCCAUACGGGAAGAUAGCAACUACUGCUUGCAUAGAUGUGCACGAGGAAAGAUAUUUUAGAGACAUCGCAUCCGGAAAGACUCCAAAAUGCGAAGGCUGCUGGUUUCCUGUACUCGAACAUGGAUAUAAAUAUGCGGACAAGACGUUUUACUACGACACGAUGAGGGACAAAGAUACUCUCUUCCAUAUCUUUCGCAGAACUACCAACAACGGAUGGGUCAAUACCACAUUUCGUCAAUAAUCCACUGACAGCGACCCAUCGUUAGGAUUUCCGCCAAAUGUUUCAAGUUCGUCUCCUCACCAUCUUCCUCAUGAUCGCGAUUGUUGCAAAUUUUCCCAUGGUCAAUUGUUUAAUGAAAUUCCUUAUCUAAGUUAAUGUGUUUAUGUCAUCCUAUAUAUUGUGAGUAGAAAAGUGAAUCCUAAUAAAAAUAGAAUUAGUCUAGUUAAUGAAUAACUUGACAUUCAUGUAUAGAAAAUUAAAAUUAAAGCUAAAAUAAAACUCCCAUCCAUAGUAAAUUAAAUGUCAACUUCCGCAGCUACAGCAAAAUCGUCUUCCAUUGCGAUGCUGCUUUCAAAAUAUUAUUGCACAAAUUUUGUAUUGUUAAAAAUUAAAGAUAAAUAUAAUAUGAUUAAUUAAUGAAUCAAGUAAUUAGUGAUGGAAUGUGUUGCUCAUGUGAUUUACAAAUAGUUUUCUUCUCACUAAAAUUAAAAGUAAAUUGGAAUUCGAA